CAUGUAUGACCCGGUGACGGGCUUGCUUCCUGCCAGUGAGGACCACAAGGAUGCCUGGGUGCGCGACAAUGUCUACAGCAUCCUGGCCGUGUGGGGCCUGGGCUUGGCGUAUCGCAAGAACGCCGACCGUGAUGAGGACAAGGCAAAGGCCUACGAGCUGGAGCAGAGCGUGGUGAAGCUGAUGCGGGGACUGCUCCAGUGCAUGAUGAGACAGGUGGACAAGGUGGAGGCGUUCAAGUACAGCCAGAGCACCAGGGACUGCCUGCACGCCAAGUACAACACCCACACGUGUGCCACCGUGGUGGGGGACAACGAGUGGGGUCACCUGCAGAUGGACGCCACUUCCCUCUACCUGCUCAUGCUGGCGCAAAUGACGGCCUCAGGCCUUCACAUAAUUUACAGCUUGGAUGAGGUCAACUUCAUCCAGAACCUGGUGUUCUACAUUGAGGCAGCCUACAAAACGGCGGACUUUGGCAUAUGGGAGCGUGGAGACAAGACAAACCGGGGCAUCACCGAGCUGAACGCCAGCUCUGUUGGCAUGGCCAAGGCUGCCCUGGAGGCACUGGAUGAGCUGGACCUCUUUGGAGCGAAGGGAGGCCCGCAGUCUGUGAUCCGGGUGCUGUCUGAUGAGGUGCAGCACUGCCAGUCCAUCCUUCACUCGAUGCUGCCGAGGGCCUCCACAUCCAAGGAGGUGGACGCCAGCGUGCUCUCCGUCAUCUCCUACCCGGCAUUCGCUGUGGAGGACAGCAAGCUGGUGGAAACCACCAAGCAAGAGAUCAUCACAAAGCUGCAGGGGCGCUACGGCUGCUGCCGUUUUCUCCGUGACGGAUACAGGACCCCCAAAGAGGACUCCAACCGGCCCUACUACGAGCCUGCUGAGCUGCAGCUCUUUGAGAACAUCGAGUGUGAGUGGCCUCUGUUCUGGACGUACCUGAUGAUUGAUGGGGUUUUCAGUGGCAACAUGGAGCAGGUGCAGGAGUAUCGCGAAGCCCUCGAGGGGGUCCUCAUCAAGGGGAAGAAUGGUGUGCGCCUGCUGCCAGAGCUGUACAGUGUCCCAGCGGAUAAGGUGGAUGAGGAGUGCAGGAACCCCCACACUGUGGACAGAAUACCCAUGGGCAAGCUCCCGCUGAUGUGGGGCCAGUCCCUCUAUAUCCUGGGUUGCCUCAUGGCUGAGGGGUUUCUAGCUCCUGGCGAAAUUGAUCCCCUCAACCGCAGGUUUGCGACUGUCCCCAAACCCGACGUGGUGGUCCAAGUGUGCAUCCUGGCAGAGACAGAGGGCAUCAAAGCCAUCCUGAGGAAGGAGGGCAUCCACGUGGAGACUGUGGCUGAUGUGUACCCCAUCAGAGUCCAACCUGCCCGCAUCCUCAGCUACAUCUAUGCCCGCCUGGGCCGCAACAAGGAAAUGUCCCUCACAGGACGUCCCUUCCGGCAGAUGGGUGUUCUUGGCACCUCCAAGCUUUAUAACAUCAGGAAGAACAUUUUUACCUUUACCCCGCAGUUCAUAGACCAGCAGCAAUUCUACCUGGCUCUUGAUAACAAGAUGAUUGUGGAGAUGCUGCGGACGGACCUCUCGUACCUCUGCAGCCGCUGGAGGAUGACUGGGCGGCCAACCGUCACCUUCCCCAUCUCUCACACCAUGCUUGAUGACACGGGCAACAGUGUGCACCCCGCCGUUCUGGCGACGCUGCGCAAGCUGCAGGAUGGAUAUUUUGGUGGCGCAAGGACCCAGACGGGUAAGUUGUCUGAGUUCCUGACAACGUCAUGCCGAACACACCUCAGCUUCAUGGACCCCGGGCCGGAGGGUAAGGUCUUUGCCAACGAUUACGAGCUCGGCAUUGACAGCUUUGAGGAGCUAGAUCCUGAGGAGUGGCUGCAUGGCUUGCAGUUAGCAGAUGAUGACGACUCGAUCGAUGAGGUCGCUCAGUACUUAGACCACCUGCUGCAGCGCACGGCUCCCCAGUCCAGCCUCCCUCCCACCGCCCAGCGGGGAGGGCUGAAUCGCUUCCGAGCUGCCAUCCACACCACCCGUGAUCUCAUGUCCCUGGCGUCCAAAGCUAAAGACCUUCACGUGCAGAAUGUUGGGAUGUAUAUCCCCAGCAAGAUCUUCCAGGCAUCCCAGCAGUCUGUUAACUUGCUGAGUUCUCCUCUCCAGCAUGAUACGGAUGGCAAGAGCUACGUGCUCCACGCGGAGAUGAACUUACCCAGAGAUGAAGCUGGUGAAGUGGACUUCAAGGCGCUGGUGGACCAGCUACGUGUCUGCCCCACACUGCAGGAGCAAGCAGACAUCCUCUACAUGCUCCACACCCUCAAGGGGCCUGACUGGCACACUGGGCUUGAGAGCCAGCCCGGGCCCACCGUGAAGGAGCUCCUCACUGAGCUGUACGUGCGUGUGGGGACCACACGCCAGUGGGCCCUGAUCCGUUACAUCUCCAGCAUCCUCAAGAAGAAGGUGGAAGCUCUGGAUGAGGCCUGCACCAACCUCUUGUCUCACCAGAAGCAUCUGACCGUGGGGUUACCCCCAGAGCCCCGUGAAAAGACCAUCUCUGCCCCGUUGCCCUACGAGGAGCUCGUUCACCUCAUUGAGGAAGCCAGUGAGAAGAACCUCAGUGUCUCCAUCCUGACCCAGGAGAUCCUGGUGUACUUGGCCAUGUACAUCCGCACGCAGCCCUCGCUCUUCGCUGAGAUGUUCCGCAUCCGCGUUGGGCUCAUCAUCCAGGUGAUGGUAACGGAGCUGGCGCACUCUCUGCACUGCUCGGCUGGAGAAGCCACCGAGAGCCUGAUGAAUCUCAGUCCAUCAGAUGUGAAGAAUCUUCUCUUCCACAUUCUCUCUGGAAAGGAGUUUGGGGUGGAAAAGAGUGUGCGAUCAGUCGACUCGGCUCUCACCACCGCCAUCUCCAUCCGUGAAGUGGGGGCUGGCGGGGCCACCAAGCCCGAGCGGGCUGGCAUCGUCCAGCUGAAAACUGAGAUCAAACAGGUAAGCGCAGGCGGUGCCGGCCGCUCCCUUGGACAAUCUCCUGGGCACACGGAGCUGCCAGGCAAGGGCUCUGUCACAAGCUUGCUGGAAGGCCAGGCUGCCAAGGACAGCCGCCAAGGGCAAUGGCAGCGCAGACGGCGGCUGGAUGGGGCCCUCAACCGUGUCCCUGUGGGCUUCUACCAGAAGGUCUGGAAGGUCCUGCAGAAGUGCCACGGCCUCUCCGUGGAGGGAUUUGUUCUCCCCUCUUCCACAACCAGGGAGAUGACCCCGGGGGAGCUGAAGUUCGCGGUGCAUGUGGAGUCCGUCCUCAACCGCGUGCCGCAGCCGGAGUACCGGCAGCUGCUGGUGGAAACCAUCUUAGUGCUCACCAUGUUGGUGGACAUGGAGGUCCACACCAUUGGCGGCAUCAUUGCUGUGGAGAAGAUCUUGCAUAUUGCCAACGACAUGUUCUACGAGGAGCAGAAGGCACUGGGUGCUGAUGACCACAUGCUGGAGAAGGAUCCCACCACUGGCAUCUGCAUCCUGCUGUACGACAGCGCGCCCAGCGGGAGGUUCGGCACCAUGGCCUACCUCUCCAAAUCGGUUGCCAUCUACGUCUACGACUUCCUGCCCACCGAGGGCUGCUCCAUGCAGUAGCUCCUGGCGCUCC